CGCCGCCAGUGCGAAGGCUACCGCGGCGUGGAGAUCCGUGACCUGAGCAGCUCCUUCCGGGACGGCCUGGCCUUCUGCGCCAUCCUGCACCGACACCGGCCCGACCUGUUAGAUUUCGAUUCACUCUCCAAGGACAAUGUUUUUGAGAAUAACCGCUUGGCCUUUGAGGUGGCUGAGAAGGAGCUGGGGAUCCCUGCUCUGCUGGACCCCAAUGACAUGGUCUCCAUGAGUGUCCCCGACUGCCUCAGCAUCAUGACCUACGUGUCACAGUAUUACAACCAUUUCUCCAGCCCUGGCCAAGCUGGCGUGUCGCCACCCAGAAAGGGCUUGUCACCCUCCUCCCCGCCUUCUGAAGCAGCCAUCCCAGUGGAACCAGGAAGCAAGGCUCAGGGUGAGGAGCUUUCCUCAGGCAGUCUAUCGGAACAGGGCACCAACCAGACCCCCAGCAGCACGUGUGCCGCCUGCCAGCAGCACGUACACCUGGUGCAGCGGUGCCUGGCUGAGGGCAAGCUGUACCACCGGCACUGCUUCCGGUGUCGGCAGUGCUCUAGCACCCUGCUCCCUGGGGCAUACAGGAGUGGGCCAGAGGAAGGCACCUUUGUGUGUGCGGAGCGCUGCGCCAGGCUGGGCCCACGAGGCCGAUCGGGGACCAGGCCUGUGCCCCUCUCACAGUCAAAGCAGCAGCACCAGCCACAACUUGCAGAAGAAGCCAAAGAUGUUGAAGGAGGCUGCUCCACCCCUCAUGUGGUGACAGUGGCUGAGGCUGACGGGCCCAAGGCCAGCCCUGAGGCCCGGCCCCACAUACCCACCAAACCUCGCCUACCCAGCAAACCCCAGGAGCUGGCCAGCCCUCUGGCUGGUCGCCCCACACCUGCCCCCAGGAAGGCAUCUGAGAGCGUGGCCCUGACACCCCCAACACCCCGACCCCGGUCAAGUCUGCAGCAUGAGAACCUGGUGGAGCAGGGUGGCAGUGGUGGCCUCGUGAAUGGAAGGCUGCACGAGCCACCCGUCCCCAAGCCCAGAGGGACACCCAAGUUAUCUGAGAGGACGCCGGCUCCUAGGAAGGACCCCCCGUGGAUCACACUGGUGCAGGCAGAGCCAAAGAAGAAGCCAGCCCCUCUGCCCCCGAGCAGCAGCCCCGAGCCACCAGGACGCAGGCAGGUGGAGAAUGGCAACAUGGAGGAGGUGGCCCCGCAGAGCCAGGUGGCCAGACUGGAGCCCAAGCCCUACAACCCGUUUGAGGAGGAGGAGGAGGAGUCCCUGGCUGCAUCCAGCCUGGCCACUGGCCCUUCCCUGGCCCACCCAGAGUCCACGCCCAAGUCGCUGCACCCCUGGUAUGGCAUCACCCCCACCAGCAGCCCUAAGACAAAGAAGCGCCCCGCCCCCCGAGCGCCCAGUGCGUCCCCGCUCGUGCUCCACACCUCCCGCCUCUCGCACUCGGAGCCCCCCUCGUCCGCCCCAUCACCCGCCCUCAGCGUGGAGAGCCUGACAUCCGAGGGCUGCAGCCAGACCACUGGCCAGGAGCUUCUGGAACCGCCACCUGUGCCUAAGAGUUCCUCGGAGCCUGUGGUCCACGCCCCUGGCCCACCCAGCACCUCUGCCACUCUGUCUCCCGACUCCUCCCUCUCCUCCUCGGGGGAGCUGGUGCAGCCCAGCACAGACCGGACACCUCAAGCCAGCCCUGGCCUCAUCACCAAUACUAGGGGCAGCCCAGGUUCCCAGGCAGCCAAGCCUUGUAGUGGCACUGUCCCUACCCCUAUCCUGCUGGUUGGAGACAGAAGCCCUGCACCUUCCCCUGGAACCUCAUCCCCCCAGCUUCAGGUAAAGUCUUCCUGUAAGGAGAAUCCUUUUAACCGGAAGGCAUCACCUGCAGCCUCCCCAACAACAAGGAAGGCCACCAAGGGACCAAAGCCAGCGAGGCCACCUGCUCCAGGACAUGGCUUCCCACUCAUCAAGCGCAAGGUCCAGGCUGACCGGUAUAUCCCCGAGGAAGACAUCUACGGAGAGAUGGACACCAUUGAGCGCCAGCUGGAUGCCCUUGAACACCGUGGCGUCCAGCUGGAGGAGAAGCUGCGCAGCGGGGUGAACGAGAGCCAUGAGGACGACAUGCUGGUGGACUGGUUCAAGCUUAUCCACGAGAAGCACUUGCUGGUACGGCGGGAGUCCGAGCUGAUCUAUGUCUUCAAGCAGCAGAACCUGGAGCAGCGCCAGGCUGACGUGGAGUAUGAGCUCCGGUGCCUUCUUAACAAGCCGGAAAAGGACUGGACGGAGGAGGACCGGAGCCGGGAGAAGGUGCUGAUGCAGGAACUUGUGACCCUCAUUGAGCAGCGCAAUGCCAUCAUCAACUGCCUUGACGAGGACCGGCAGAGGGAGGAAGAGGAAGACAAGAUGUUGGAAGCCAUGAUCAAGAAGAAAGAGUUCCAGAAGGAGAGUGAGCCCGAAGGCAAGAAGAAGGGGAAGUUCAAGACCAUGAAAGUGCUGAAGCUGCUGGGAAACAAGCGUGAUACCAAGAGCAAGUCCCCCGAGGACAAGAGCUAACAGCCAGGGAGCAGCUGGGGACGAACACCACCUUCCUGGCUCAGCCCUGGGCUGGCUCUG